CUGAGUUGGCAUCUUAAUCUCAAAAUCCAGAAAUGCCAGUCACUUUGCAAACUCCGCCUUCUGUUGCAGCUUUUUCCUCAGCUGCAUCAUCUUCCAUUAUUCACACAAGAUCCACCUUCUCCUUCUCGCUUCGUUCAACGCCCCCUCCCUAUCUCAUCUUCAAGUUCCACAGCUCCCUCCCUCAAAUUCGCGCUUCCUCUUCCUCUAUCAAUACUGGUACUUCCACAACUGAAUUGGAUGCUGUAUCAGCCUUCAGCGAGAUCGUUCCAGACACCGUCAUUUUCGAUGAUUUCCAGAAGUUUCCUCCAACUGCUGCUACUGUUAGUUCAUCGCUUCUCUUGGGUAUAUGUGGCCUUCCAGACACCAUUUUUAGGAAUGCUGUGGAAAUGGCUUUGGGUGAUUCUGAGUGUUACCGGCUUGAAAAUCCUAACGCAAGAUUGUCGUGUUUCUUUAACAAGGCUUUAGUGAAUGUCGGUAGUGACAUGGCAAAGCUUGUCCCUGGCCGUGUUUCAACAGAAGUGGAUGCACGUCUUGCUUACGACACGCAUGGCAUUAUCAGGAAGGUGCAUGACCUGUUGAAGUUGUACAAUGAUGCUAAUGUCCCUCCUCAACGUCUUUUGUUCAAAAUUCCUUCAACUUGGCAAGGAAUAGAGGCUGCAAGAUUGCUGGAAUCUGAGGGCAUACAGACACAUUUGACAUUUGUUUACAGCUUUGCUCAAGCUGCUGCUGCUGCUCAAGCUGGUGCUUCUGUUAUUAAAAUUUUUGUUGGCCGCAUCAGGGACUGGGCACGUAAUCAUUCUGAUGAUGUAGAGAUAGAAUCUGCCCAGCUAAGAGGAGAGGAUCCUGGGUUGGCAUUGGUGACAAAAGCUUACAAUUAUAUUCACAAAUAUGGACAUAAGUCAAAGUUGAUGGCAGCAGCAGUUCGCAACAAGCAGGACUUAUUUAGUCUUCUGGGGGUUGACUAUAUCAUAGCUCCGUUGAAGGUAUUGCAGUCUCUUAAAGAAUCUGUUGCUUCUCCUGAUGAGAAGUACUCUUUUGUUAGGAGGCUAUCCCCUCAGUCUGCUGCUAAAUACGUGUUCAGUGAUGAAGAGCUUGUUAAGUGGGACCAAAUUAGCCUUGCAAAAACCAUGGGACCAGCAUCUGUGCAGCUUCUAGCUGCUGGACUGGAUGGUUAUGCUGAUCAAGCAAAGCGAUUGGAAGAUUUGUUUGGGAAAAUUUGGCCACCACCAAAUGUAUGAUGUGACUUCCUUAUGUCGCUCGAUGGAUCUUUUGUCUGACGGAAUAAACAGAGUACACUGCAGAUGAAGGGGAUCUUCCUUUCUUUUUUAUUUUUUCCCUUUAUCCUUGAACUCUCGAACAGUUUCCUUCCCUGUAAAUCACACGGUUCCUUAAAAGCACAUUUUAUUAUCAAUACUUGUUUUUUGUUUUUUUUGGUGCAGU